CGACGCUAGAGAGAGGAUGCCGAAUUUGCGUAUAUAGUCGCUAGACACUGCUACCGACAUCGCAACAUGUCCCCUGGUUGUCUUAAGUACGGGCAAAGGUUCAAUGUGAGCGACAUAUAGAAUGAUCUGCAAAUCAAUGCCCUAUACAUGUACAUUUAUGUAAGGGCACCAAAAGCUACGAAGAGCAAAUUGUCCUAGGAUCACGAAAGAGUCUCAAUAAUGGCCACUGCAGCAAUAACAAUGAUCGGCUGCUUGCCGGAUAUAGGUAAUCCGAACAAUUACCAAAGCGUCGUGGCUUCAGAUAUUGAAAUCACUAACUCCACACGACAAGAAAUUUUUCUUUUCUACACGUUCCAAGUUGGACUCAAUAGAAGUCUAAGGAAAGCUGUGAUGAACUGCGAGUUACUGGAAUGGAUUUUGUUCCAUGGGUUCGUGAUGGGCGACAGGAUUAUCUGUAAUUCUAGCCACUGGCGUUUAUACUUGCGAAGGGCCACAUUGAUCAUCUUCUCCACGUAUAUCAUUUGUGGCUUUGGUCUGUCUUUUCUUCAUUUAAAGCGAGUGCAGUCACACGCGUUUGCUUAGUCUUCUCUUCACUCCCCCCUGGUUUCUCGAUCCUUCGUCUUGGGCUCGAGGAAACAGGCAAGGGUAUUAUUCGUCAGGGCUUUUUGCGAACUGGGGCCAAUCUAUGCCAACCUACUCUCCGAGAUAUCGUCUUUGUAAACUUCGGAAAGAUGCGAUAAAGAGAGGAGUGACAGACGGAUCGGUCUGUCCAAGACAGGUAUUUGGUAGCCUCACAGGUAAUGUGGACUCCACUGGUAAAGGCCGCCUAGAGAACGUUCUUGCGCUAUCGAGAAACUCCUUUGUUCGAGGGCUUAUCUUGAGCGGUGUUUCUCCGGUCCUACACCCCCGACCUCGAGAAAUAUAUGGCGACCCUUAUGCUCCAGCUCUUAUCAUGGAGGCACAGGGAAGAAGCGUCCUCGAGACGAAUAACGCAAGCAGGAUUUCUAGACCGAGGCCUUUGAGAACAAGAACCAAGAAAUGCGGAGUUUGUGCUUCUGGAAGACUCGGUGGAUGCGUGAGAUACCUCACGAGUCAGAUCGGACCGGCGCUGGCGCUGGAAGAACUGGUGGUGCGGGCUAUACAACCGAGACCGACUCAGAAAAAGUACUCUUUGGGGUUACGAAAGAUGCCUCCCGGCCCUUCUCCGCUUUCAGAACCAAUCUCGUUUAAUGAUUGCGAGAAGCUGGCAUAUAGUGUCAAGGCGAGUGGGAUGAGGACGCCGAGAGGUGGUUCUACGAGUGUACCGGUACCCAUGUCGUUAAGGAAAGUACCCGCUCACCGUAUACAAGGGAUGAAAGUAGCGAACAGCCGUCGAUUAGUCCACGAAGUCCGCAGUACCGUCUCAGCUACGCAUGAACAUGUACAUUCUGUUGAUACAGAUUCGAAGCCCAACUCAAAAGAACGAGUCAUUUCGCAUGUGCAAGGUCCCAUUCCAGCCGGAUCAGACGGAGAUGGUCGUAUAGCUGCGGCUCGCAAUCGCUAUCUAAACAGCCGCAAGGAUCAGCCCUUGGUUAAGGACAAACCAGGGUUUGCUCCCAGGAAGACCAGUCGCGUGCAACAUCCGGUUUCGUCACAAAGCAGCAUUCCUUUUCCUACUACCCAAUCCGAUCAACUCGACCGUGCCUCACCUGUCGGUUCUGGAAAGGGCUGGCGCAAGCUGCGUUCUAUGGGUUCCGCUCUUAUUAAAAAGAAAUUAGUGCAAGGGAUGGCUUUCUAAUUUACUGUGACAUUCGAUAUUGACAUCUAUGGUCUCUCCGUCAUUCCUUCUGGACAAUUAGUUUCACAUUCCUUUGUAUAUCAUUUGAAAAGC